GUCUGAGAGGCGAGAAGAGGGAUCGCAGACGAAGAGACACACGAGAGCUAAAAUGUCUAGUUUUUCAAACAAGUUUAGCGGUUACACGAUGACACAGCUCAACGAAAUAGUGGAGGACGACGACAAACUCACGAAAAUGGUCCAGGAGAUGGAUGAGAUGCAGGAAGUCCAGCAGAGCAAGGAGAAGACACUGGCCAACAAUCGAACCCUGGCUGAGCAAAACCUCGCCCUGCAGCCCAGACUGGAGCACAAGAAGGAGCAGCUCACCAAGCGCUACAGCUGUCUUCAGGAGAGCUUUGAGUCCUAUCAGCUUCGCAAGUCUACCCUAGACCACAAGUCAGGAAACACCACCCUGGACACUUUGCUGGCCCUGCUGCAGGCGGAGGGAGCCAAAAUAGAAGAGGAGACAGAGAACAUGGCUGAUUCGUUCCUGGAUGGCGACAUGACCCUGGAUUCCUUCAUCGAUGCUUACCAGAGCAAGAGGAAGCUAGCCCACUUGAGAAGGGUGAAGAUCGAGAAGCUGCAGGAGAUGGUGCUGAAGGGCCAGCGGCUCCCCCAGGCGUCGGUCCCUACCUCCCGAUCUCAGGAUGUGUCAGCAGCGGCCUCCCUCCUCACCGAGGCCAGUAACAGCUCCUCCCCUGUCCCCCAACCCAGGAGGAAACCCCCACCUCCCCCAUCCCAGCCAGCCCCAAUUCUAAAUCCAAAUCCAUCUCAAACCGCUGCCCCCCAGCCUCCUGUCUUCCACUCAGCAUCUCCAUAUCCGCCAAUUCCUCCCAGAACAGGCCAACCCUUCCCCAGUGUCUCCUCUGGCUACCCCAGCCAUUUCCUAUCUCAGUACCCGCCUGCUUUGCCACAGAGGCCCCCACCUCGCAUGGCCCCGCAGCCUGGCUUCAUCAUGCAGUAAAUAAAAGCAGUUGCCACUCAGAGGUUUCGGUGUGUGUUGCGGACUUUUCACCACUGGGACUCCUCUGAGAACUAUUUUUCUAUGUCGUCCGCCUUCUUGGAUUAUGACCAAUCACAACACAGGAAGGCAGACCCGCGCUGGCUGGUCUGGUCACGUUCAGCUGAAGCAGAUCUCCAAUAAUCUCUGUGGAUUUGUGCUCACCUCUCACUCCCAUCAACACUCCCAACUAACAAGGCGUGACGAGAUCGGCCUUGACUCUUGCUAGCCUGAGUCCCCUCAGCAGAAGGGCCCACUGCAGGCUGUAGUGAAACAAGUGUCAGUCUAUGGGCCACAGAGCUGGGACUUGUCAUUUAUCAGCACUUUCUGUGUCCAGGCAGUGCCCUCAGCUCUACUGGCCCUUUAGUUUUUAAGUCUCUCACCUCCCUUCAAACAUGUUCCUCAAGCUGUUGCGGAACACUAAAGUCAUUCAAAAAAAGGGUUCGAUUUGUCAUUUCCAUCUGCAGCAUACUGGUAUUGAAUAUGCAAGCAAAGAGAGACCCUAAUUACUGUGCAGUUCUGAUGAAAAUAUCAUUUCCCAGAAUAUAUUCAGGCAAAACUGCAUCUAUGCUGUGAUUAUUUUUUUUGUUUCAAUAUAAAAAUUCAAAAGGUACAUAGAAAUAUUUGAAUUUCAGCAUCUUUUUAUGAUAUAGUACUAAUGGAGUUAUGUUAAUAAUAGCCAGGAUAGACUGAUUAACGUGUCAUGGAGGGCUUGGGUUGAUGUGCAUGUGUCUAAAGUGGGUCCAGACCUGCCUGGUUGAAGAUGGCUGUCUCUUGCACUUGGUCCAUCUCAGGGCAGAAGUCAAAGGGGAGUUGAAGGAGAGGAUUAGUGGCUGAACUAUUGUAACAAAUCACUAAGCCUUUAGAGUGUUGCCUGAAAUGAAGGAUUUAUGUAUAGCCAUACAGUACACUUCAGAUGUUUGUUGUUUUCUGUGGGUUCCUGUUGUAAUGCAACACUCCUUUACGAUGUCCGUUGUCUUUAACACCCUCAGUUGGAAUUGGAAAUUACGCCAACAGCUUCUUGGGUCUCAUACAUAUGGUUCUGUUCAGUCUUCUGAGACACUGAGCACCAAAGACUUCCCACAUCACCCUGUGUUCAAAGUCUUUCGCAACUGUCUUUUUUUUUUUUUAAUAUAUAUAUGUAAGUGAACCAUUUAGUGAGAUACUCUACCAUUGUCCCCAACAUAUCUGUUUGUGAUGUUGAGCUGAAACACUUUUUUUUUGUAACCAUGCAAGCCAGAUUUCUUCAAGAGGAACUUGUAAAGUCAGUCUUGCUUUGGGAGGAAACUCUUUUCUGGUGCGAUUAAAAAAAAUCACUUCUUUUUCCUCCCGACUGCUGUCGCUGUGCACUGUUGAAGAGCCACGAGUGCCUACACUUGAAGUGACGUUAAUCACGUCCUGCUGACUACUCCAUGUUUCUCUAUGCUCAGCUGUAGAAGUUAGGACCUCCCUCCAACCCUUGAAAUGAAAAACUGACUUAGCAUUUGGUCUUCGCCUCAUGCUACUGAUUUCACGUUCCAACAGAAGGUAGAAAAAGGCAGAGUGUGACUGCUGGUCUGUCAGGUUGUGUUUUCUCACUAGCUGCUGAAGGCCAGAAUAGAGCGAUACUGUACAUGUGCCAGAGAGACAAGAGACACCCUCAGGCUGUGUGCCUAGCGGUGCUAGUGCUUCUCUUCCGUUCUUUCUCCAUUGUACUGAGGUUUGCCUGAGGUGAAUUCAGAGAUUUCUGCAUGUGUUGUUGCUAUUUUUUUAUAAUUGGGAAAAUAACAGGGCUCUGAAAUGUUUUGUGUCAUAUCUUGGUGAUAGUACUUCAAGACAAAGAAGUGGACCACAGAAUGGGCAAAGCAUACUUAUCAGGAGGCAAAACUACAGAAGGAGAGAAAGCUAAAGCAUCAAUGUCUUGAUGAACCAGCAUUUCUAACAACUAACAACAAAUAAUUCUUUUGUGCAUGGCCUUUUCUCUUUGUGUUCAGUCUGAAGAUUCCUCCUCAGUACUUUUUUUUUUUUUUUUUUUUAGCUGUUGAGCUGCUUUCUACAUUUGAACUGAUCCACUGUAUCCAUGGUUUUCUAUGUGGUUGGUGAUAUUUUCAGUGUAAUGUUGUAGGUAUUUACUUAUAAUGAAUGUUUAAGUGGAAUUUAAUGCUAUUUUCAAGUUCAAUAAAUCUCAAUUUUUUGUA